AAUUCUUAACUUUUCAUUUAGUUAUCAAAUUUAUAGAUUAUUAUUUUACUCAACUAACUUAUAAUGAAUAGUAAGUUGUCCUGGAAUAUCAUUUUUAUUUCUUUGGUUGCCGUGCAUUUUAUUGAAGCCAUAACAACAGCUGGUGUUGUUGCUGUUGGAACUUUUGCAAUAAAUGCUGUCAAUUUUUUUAUAUACAUAAGCUGCACGCAUCAAAAUCAGAAGUCCUUUGAAUAUUUAAAUGAGAAAGAUUUCUGUAAGAAUAAUGAAUGCUGCAAUGAUCAAUGGUUGAUUCAGGAUCUUUCAGGUUUGGAAAAAGAAUUGAAUGAAAAAGUGUUUGGCCAGCACUUAGCCAAUAAACUUAUUAGUAAAGCUGUUAAGUCUCAUAUUAAAAAUAAAGAUCCAAAAUCACCUUUGGUCAUGUCUUUUCAUGGAUGGACUGGAACUGGUAAAACUUUUGUUUCACAGAUUGUUGCCAAUUCUUUAUUUAAAAAAGGUAUAAAUAGUAAGUUUUAUCAAUUUAAAGUUGCAACAAUACUUUUUAAAAAUAAGAAUAAUUCAAAUGAAUACAAAGAUGAAUUAAUUGAGCUUAUUCAGAAAAAUUCAGAGCAAUGUCAUCGCAUGUUAUUCGUUUUUGAUGAGUUUCAUUUCAUGCCAGAGGGUCUUUCCGACGUUAUGACUCCUUUUUUAGACUACCACGCUGCAGUAGAUGGUCGAGAUUAUCGCAAAAAUAUAUUUAUUUUUCUUAGCAAUGUUGCUGGUGACAUGAUUAACAAUUAUAUUGUUAGACAAUAUGUAAAUAAUAGGUCUAGGGAGUCAAUUGUCAGUAAAGAUUUAGAAAAACAUAUAGCUAUUAUUGCUUUAAAUUCACAGGGUGGAUUUAAGGAUUCAAACAUCAUUAAAAGGGCAUUGAUAAACGUUUAUGUUCCUUUUCUUCCUUUGGAGAGGAAACAUGUCAAACAAUGUGCAGAAGCAGAUAUAAAAAAAAAAAAUUACAGUUUUGCAAAUUCCACUUUGGAAGCCAUUGCUGAUGAACUUCAUUAUUUUCCGGAUGAAACAUCAUGGUUUUCAGCAACAGGUUGUAAAACAGUUGCAGGAAAAGUGGAUCAAUUACUAAGUGAAUAAUAAUAAUUUAAAAUUGAGUGAAAUUUAUUAACAAAUGAUAAAAAUAAUUUAUAUGAUA